GAGGGACGGGGCAAAGAUGGCGGCGCCCGUCCUGCUGCGGGUGUCGGUGCCGCGCUGGGAGCGGGUGGCGCGGUCCGCCGUGUGCGCCGCCGGCAUCCUGCUGUCCCUCUACGCCUGCCACCUGGAGCGCGAGAAGGGCCGCGACAGCCACUACCAGGCCCUGUGCGACCUCAGCGAGCGGGUGCGCUGCUCCGCCGCCAUCACCUCCAGAUGGGGUCGAGGAUUCGGUCUGUUGGGUUCCAUCUUUGGAAAGGACAGUGCAAUAAAUCAGUCAAACAGUGUUUUUGGACUCGUGUUUUAUAUACUACAAAUGCUACUUGGUAUGACAGCAAGUGCAGUAGCAGCUCUAAUCCUCAUGACAUCCUCCAUAGUGUCUGUAGUAGGGUCAUUGUACUUGGCAUACAUUCUGUACUUCGUGCUGAAGGAAUUUUGCAUUGUCUGCGUCAUCACAUAUUUGCUGAACUUCAUUCUCUUUAUCAUCAACUACAAACGACUAGUUUAUUUGAACGAGGCCUGGAAACGGCAACUCCAACCCAAACAGGAAUAACCCCUGUUUGAACUCUUGACUGACAGUCUGAAGACCCAACUUCCAUUAAGUUUAUUUUGCAGUAAUUUUUUAUUCUCCAUAUCAGACACUCUCCCCGAGAAUCAUAACUGAAUUUUUAAUUAUAAAUUUGAAGGGGCCCCCGAUAAUUUUUCUGUGCUAAUCUUCAGUUUAAAUGUGGUUGUGAAACAAAGCUCUAAUACAAUCAAAGACAAGCUUUAACUUUACUUUGAAGGAGUUUUAGCCACAGCAAAACCUAGACUCUCUCUUCCCCCUCCACUUGUGAAGUGGGUAACACUUGCUAUAAAAUAUCCUGUAUAUAAAUUCAGGUAUAACAAGAUGUGAUCAUGACAUUAAAUAUUCUAGACUAGCAUCACCAUAUUUAAUGUUGCCAUGUUUACAGUAUGUGUAUUACUUUUUUGUUUUCGUUUGUUUUUUUUUUUUUUAGCUGAUGGACUUAGAUUUGACUAGGACUUACACUGUAAAUAAAAUUAGAACUAUUGGUUUCAUCCCUGGAGAACUCACUGUACAAUGGGUUUUGUUAGGAGCUGUCAGAGGGUUCAGCUCACAGUCGACUGACACGAUGGAAGAAGUGACCUCUGAAGAGAACACGGAGUUGCUGCACUCACUGCUCGUGCUGUCCCAAGAAUGGUGCUUGGGGUUGGUUCCAUUUUUUUUUUUCCCUUCUGUCUUUCUUUUUGUCUCCAGUAUCGAAAAAUGGAAUUAAAGCUGAAACCUGAAGUGUGUUCAUUAAACCACAACCUCGUUAAUUCUGUACCGAGUGAAAAUAGCUCCGUGUGGUCGAUGGAAAGCUGCCACCAGGAUAUUCUCUGCAGGUUGGGGGUUGGUGUAUCCAAGUGUUCUUUGAAAGGACUCAGUUUCCAUGCAGAGCUGUUUCAUUUUUAAGCUGUGGUCAGCCAGCCAGUGUUACUAAUGUUUGAUGUUCUAUGAAUGCUGCAGUAUAGGAUUGCAAUUGCAGUGGAAGCCACUGACUGAGCGGGAUAACCAAGUCGUGCACUGAAAAAGCAGUUACUUAAUUGAUCUUCGUCAGGAUCCUUGGUUUGUGCUAUAUUGGGAAAUGAACUUUAGGCCUGACACACACACACACACAAGAUCCCUUGGAAGGGCAAGCUGUUUAAUGGGAUAAGUGAGUAAAUGUGCUCCUGAAAAUGAAAUGUGAUGUAGUGCUAUCAUUGCUCUUUCUAAUAACUAAUUGGGAAAAAAAAAAUUAAACUGCAGAUUUAAAGGAACAAAAUUGUACAUGUUGUUUCUGCACUCAGUAUUCUAAGGCUGAAUGUUAAAAGUGCCUUCUGUCUUAAAAUCUUAAACCAAAUACUUUGCGUUGAACUUGGCAGGCAGAAGUGUCCUUGCUUUAAAAAUGAACAAACAAACAAACAAAAUUCCCAGCAAACUUGCUGGGGAUAGAGGAGUAUUAAGAGAUAUGUUUAGUUUUUAGACUGAGAAGUGGUAGCAGUAUUGCUUCAGUUUAAUUAAAAAAGGUUGAUGGCGAUUUGGAAAAGUAAAAUAUUUGUGUUUCAGACUCUGUGACACGAAAACGUGUAGGUUCAGUUCCUUUCUGUAAUUGGUGCUGUGCUGCUUUUUGCCCUUGUCAGCUUCUAAAUAUGAAGAAUUCCAACUGCAUACCAGUUAUUUAAAGAAUUAAUUUAACUAUUUUUGGGAUUUUUUUUCUCAAACAUGAAUGUCAGAGAGACACUUCUGUUGUAUGGAUAAGUGGAUUAUAAACACUAAGUUGCUGAGGAUAAACUUGACUGUGAAACAUGCAGUGUUACCGUAGAGCAAAUAGAAUUUUUAGAUUGAAUCCACAAAAUAGUAUUUAAAUUACUACUGAAGUCGUUUUCUGGUUUGUAUCAAGGAUGUAGGUGGAAACUGCUUUUAUGUAUAGAGUUCUGUGGUAUUAGUAACAUCUGUUGCAUGUAACACUAAAUAACUUGUCCCUCUUGUCUGACAGUUUUAGACAACAAUUCAUUAAAUGCAUUUUGUAUUGACCAGA